GUCACGUAGACAGAGGAGACAUGACUGAACAGUGGUCUGUGUUUAGGGGACAUUUCUUCAUGUGCUUAAAGAGGUGUAACAUACCAAGAAUAUUCAUGGCAGGGAUGGUAAAUCUAUCUGUAUGGACCCUGGGUAUGCUGUGUAUAAGUUGGCACCAGCGGUCCACGUAUGCAGAAGCACGAGUUCACAGGAAGAUGGCAACAAGUGACUUCCGUCAGACAUCUCAAGGCGUCGAGAUGCAGACAGCCGAAAGCCUCAUCAAAGAUUUCAUGUCAACAACAACCAUGGGAAGUACCGAAGCCGAUGGCACGAAUAAAGCUUCUGUACAAAAGAACACAGCAGAACUAUUAGGACAUGGGAUUACUGGUUCCAAGAAGGAAACUAAAAAGGUGUCACCGAAGCCGAAAGUAAGAGUAUUGAAGCGCAAGAAAACUGCAACGCCAGGUGCAGGUACGAAUGAAGCAAGGACAAAGCGGAGUUGCUCCAGGCGAGAUGGAUCGGAGCAGCGUUGGUGUUUUAACAGUACAGAGGUGCAGAAUAUGAGACAACAUAUACUCAAGUUUUACAACCCGGAAACAAACCUGACUCUAACGCAGUCCAGUGUAAGGAUUGGGCAACGUUUGACAUAUGAAAUUCAAUUAUCUAAGAAGGUCACGGCCACCAAAGAUUUACUGAAGCUCCUCCCAGAAGAAUCACCUCUGAAGGACCGCCAUUUCAACACAUGUGCAAUCGUGGGCAACUCUGGGAUUCUACUGAACAGUUCCUGUGGGCAAGAAAUCGACUCCAUGGACUUCGUCAUUCGGUGUAACCUGCCUCAAAUCGAAGGUUAUGAGAAAGAUGUCGGCUCCAAGGCGAACCUGACCACCAUGAACCCCUCCGUGAUCCCGCACGACUUCGGGAAGGACUACCGUCGGUUGUCGCGGCGUCUGAAACAAGUCGGCGACCAGAUCUUGUACGUGCCGGGUUUGACGUCACCGUCAGGAGAGAUGCACGUGAGGAUCAUCACACAGAUCGUUCUGCAGCACAAACUGGCGGCCAAGAUUACCUUUCCACCGGCGGGAAUGAACACUCUCAUGAAAUCCAUUUGGUCAAACGCUGGUUUUGAGACCCUCCGUCCGUCCACGGGAGCUCACAUGUACACCCUGGCUGCCACCAUCUGCGACCAGAUCCACAUGUACGGCUUCUAUCCGUUCAGCGAGGACACACGUGGCAGGGCGCUGGGCUACCAUUACUACGACACCAAGGAGAUGAUCAGCAACAGGACUCAUAACAUGCCGGAAGAAUUCAGGGCAUUUCAGCAGCUCCAUAUGCGGGGUGCAUUGGUACUGCACACAGAACCAUGCCAAUGAUUUUCUAGGAAUAAAAGAGAUUUCAUUUGAUAUUUUUCGAUUAGGCCACAACGACUUAAUUUUAUGGAUGACAUCCUCUGGAGACCCCAAAACUACUGCGAGAGGGCGAAAACAAUAAAAAUCCAGCAAAGAAAAAAAAUGAUGCUAAACCACAGGACUAUAAAGCUGGCAUUAUGAACAGAACACGGUUUAUCAAAAGAAACAAGUCUUUAUUUGCAGGAGGCACAUGUAGGUUGUAUUGUUCACGCCCUCAAUAAUAACGCCCUCCUUUGAUGCUGACGCAUUUUGUUUUCAUCACGUGUUUUCAUCAUAUCUUACUAUACAAGUAGAGGUUAGGCUCCGGCUGUUUUUACAUUUUUAGGCGUUUUUUUUCGGGUCCUCUAUUUUUUGCUGUUCUCUUGUCGGCUGUGAGACAUCAAGAAAACAUUAUAAAAUAGAAAGUCCGAUAAAAACAAAACAAAAAAAGGUUUGAAAAAUACCCGGAGCUUGGAUAGCAGUCAUAUCAUGGUCAUAUUGCCAGAUUUCGAAUUCGUGGCAAAGCAAGACGCAUGUGCAGAAGUACCGAUUACUACAAAAUUAGCACGUUUGGGGAAGCUUUACGACAAACAGACAUAUGCUGGCCCUUUGGGUCGGCAAUUUCCGGGCUUGCGUGGAGCCUUGGAGGAGGUGAUUUUUUUUUUUAGAACAGGCGAAAACUAAUGCGCGCGCGGAUGUCAUCCAUAAAAUUAAGUCAGUGUGGCCUUAUCAGGCAUCACAUGAAUGUACUAUAAUGCAGGGAAAUCUGGCAUGUCAAAUGUCGAGUUCCCUUGCCCAAUGUAGCUAAUGCACGAAUUUCCUUUAAGUCACCAACACUAACACCAGUAGCUUCGUUAAACAAAGUAACAAAGUAAGGGCACAAAUGCCCAACAAAGUAAGGGCACAAAUGCACUGUCCAGCAAAAUCCUUAUAUUGAUGAGAAACAAUGUUUUUAGUCUGAUAUAAGGCUCUCGGGAAAAAAUGGCCGAUGGCAAUGAUUUAAGGUUAAGUAUUAAACCAGCCAUGACUGCAGAAGACCCCAAGUAGAAUACGGGUUAGGUUCAAAUUACGGAAAAUCGAACAUGUCGAACAAAGUUCGAAUUCGGCUGGACAUGGGACGUUUUGAGCCCGUCUUUGGCAACUAUGCUUGAACAGCGAUCUGUUCUGAGGAAGCCUUUCCUCAUACCUUCAAAGAAGAGCUGGAAUGCACCAAGAAUGUUCAGAGCAGGAAUGGUGCUUCUAUUUGUGUUGAAUUUACUCAUGUUGUACGUGAAUUGGCGCCAGCAGUCCAUGUUUGCAGAACUACGAUUUCACCUGAAAAAGUUUGCCAGUGACUCCCAUGACACGACAUUACGGUGGGUAUUACAGUAUCUUACGGUGCCGUCCA